AUGGCAAUUGUGGAACGUACGGUCGCGGCUUCUUUUGGACCCAAUUUGGGGGAUCAGUUCAUGAGGAAGCCUCCAGCACCGGCUACGGAGGAUCACAUGCCUGUGCUUCCCAAUUUCAGCCGCAUGGCCUUCCUUAAGCCUCCGAUGCCGGAUUUUCCAAAGGAAGCGUUGAUGGGAGAAAUCGGAAGCAGUCCGCAGAAAACGGCAAAUCGCCCGUUGAUCGAGGAUGAGGACGACUUCGAAGCGAUGAUCACAUUUCCUGACGGCGAUUUCGCUCGGGCGACUAGCACAAGCACGGCCAAAGAGACCCUGUGUUCUACGGUGGACACCGUAGGCUCCUCAUGGGACAGUGCCUCCUGGCAUCGCGACUUACCUGCAGGAACUAUUGUUGCCCCGGAUCGUCGCCUUCAUGAGCGUCAUGUCAAGAAGAUGGAUCGCUUCCUGCACGAUGUUGAGCUGGCACCACGGACCUUCAGUGGCAUCGUCCGUAGCAGGCGCAAAGCCGAGUGA